AUUAGAUCUAAGUUAUUUAGUUUCUUACGUUUAUUAGAUCUAAGUUAUACAAAUCCUUUUUUGUUUAUUAGGUGUAAGUUGUUUUGUUUCUUGUAUACAAGCAGUAUACAGAACAUACACAAGCAAAUCAAAAUUUAAGUUUUAUAUGGUUUAGAUGGAGUGUCGGUGGGAUCUUUAUCUUUUACAUGGAGAGGAAUGAUAAUUAUGAAACCUCUGUUUGGUAUGCAGUUAUAUGAUACUUUUGAGGGACACAAUGUAUUAUAUUUAGUGAUCUAAGUGAAGAAGUACGCUAAUUUGUAGAGUUAGCACACUGAGAUAUUAGAAAUGGAGUAUAAGAAAUUGGAUGCAGAAUCCAAAUAGAUAUUGUGAAUUAUAAGAUAUUUAUUUUACAUAGAUUGUUGCUAUGGAGGUGAAUGAACAAAUGUUUAAAUAAUAUGUAGUGAUUGUUUUUAUAAUGUUAUGGUUCUUGCUUGGUUUGAUUGACCAAUGGUCACGGAAGCUUUGCAAACAUAGAAUGUGGAUGUUAUGGAACAUGGAAUCUGUAGUCUGACAACUCAGUGUUUUUGAAUCAUGAGGUUUUUUGUUAUCAUUAGUACAUUUUUGGAAGUUGCAGUUUUCUACACGUCAUGCCUGUUUUAUUUUAUAUGGGAUUUGAUGUAAUAUCUAUAGAAACUGUUGAUGUAAUUCUGCUUUAUGCAUUUGAUCCAUAUCCCGUAUGUCGAGUUUGUACCACUAGUUUUUACUGAUAACAAUGUCAACUUUGCCCGUGAAAAAAAAUAGAGGAAACACAAUAGGAUUAUUAAAGUACUAAGCAUUAGAUCAUGUACCUUGUAUUUAUGUAUGCAUGUUUAAUGAAGUCCAUUUAGUGUAGAGUUUUUUCAUAUUUUCCUGUAAGUAUUAGUGGUUUGGGUCUUCUGUUUCUAUUCGUGCUUGAAUAUGAAAGAGUUUAUGUGUGUUCUUUUGGGCAUUUUGCCAUUAUUAUAAUACGAUAAUUUUUUCUUUUUUUUUUACAACAAAAUCAUAGAAUUAAUGUUACACGAAGUAACCAUAGUUCAAAAUUAUACAAAAGGUAGAAAAUAUUAAAUCUCCCACACACCCUCUUACAUCAUAAUUUGAUACUCACAGUUAAACUAGAAAGAAUAUCAACUCAAAAUUUUGCUGCAAAAACCAGAGGAAUUGCUACCAGAAUCUCUGAGAAGCCUAUAUUUUCAAUCUAGCAAGGAACUAUAUGAGCAUUAACCAAAGCACCUCCAUCCAGCAUCUUGCUAACCCAUGCAGCGCUCCCUCCAAAACCUAUCAAUCUUCAUCAAUUCUUGUUACUUGGUGUGAACUUGACAUAUAGUGUAUGAGCUUUUGUAUUUCGUCCACCGCCUAAUGAAGCUUCAUAGCUUCUCUACUCUGGUGCUAAAAAUAUUGCAUACGGUAUUCUUCCCUAAGUUAUAACAUAUGCUCGCCAUACAACAAACUGUGCCCCUUACCCACUUGACAUAUUCGAUUAAUUUUAUAUACAUUAGAUACGAACUUUAUGCCUCUUGUUCUGCUGUAUAAUACAAUAACUAUGCGAGAGCUUUUAAAUUCUUACAAGAAUAUACUAAUUAAACUAUAAAACCAAAAAACGUGGUGUUGGGUUGUAAUCGGUUCAGUCUUAAAUUUUUUUGUUUGUGAUCUCAUUGACAUGUAUUAUGUGCGUCUUUAUUUGAAGUUGUUUAAUAAUGUCUCGGAAUUUACCAAAAUUUUAUUAUUUCUAUUUUUUGAAACCAAAGUAAGCGCAAAAAUUCCUCGAGUUGGAGCAUGGGCCUGCUAGAUCUAAUGUUAGGUCCACAGUUGUUGGAAAAUGUUGCAAAGGAAACUUUGGCAUAUCAAGUCUUGCAUUUGAAUUAUUUCCAACGCAAGUUUAUUCUAUCCAGUGGUAAAGAUCAUACUAUGAACAUUUUAGCAAGAGAUCAUAUUCUUCCCCUCGUGACUCCUGGAACUGAGAGUACUAUUACAAGUACUAGAAUUAGGAUACCAAAUAUGGGGAGUGAAGGAUUUGUCUGUUCAUCUUUUUUAUCAACUGUCAACGGAAAUUCAAGAAUGAUUCAUUUCAUUAGUUAAUUCAAAACCCCUGUGAACCCCGAACAGAUUAUUCCUAAUCCUUUCAUCCAUAAAAUGACUACUGUGAUGGAGAAGAUGACAAGGAUUCUAAGGUUUAAACAUCUGCAAUCCAAUUGGUCUGAUAGUAGUACUGAUAAAAAUGUCGGAAGGAACCAAUUUGGUGCUGGAAUCAUCUGAAAAUGGUACGGAUUUGUCUCAGGAAGACAUUGACACCAUUGAGGAAACAGCAGAGGAAACAAUUUUGUCAAGACAAACUUCUGUCAACCUUGUUCCUUUUAUUGGUCAAAGAUUUGUAUCUCAAGAAGCAGCUUAUGAAUUUUAUUGCAGUUUUGCUAAGCAGUGCGGCUUUUCAAUUAGACGACACCGAACUCGAGGGAAAGAUGGGGUUGGAAGGGGAGUUACAAGGAGGGAUUUCACUUGCCAUCGUGGUGGUUAUCCCCAGAUUAAACCUUCUCAUGACGGAAAGGUGCAAAGGAACCGCAAAUCAUCUCGCUGUGGUUGCCAAGCAUACAUGCGUAUUGUGAAAAGGGCAGAUUUUGAUGUCCCUGAAUGGCGUGUUACUGGUUUUAGGAACACACAUAAUCAUGAGCUAUUAAAAUCCAAUGAGGUGCGCCUUCUUCCAGCCUAUUGUCCGAUAUCUCCUGAUGACAAGAGUCGAAUAUGCAUGUUUGCUAAAGCUGGAAUGUCAGUAAGGCAGAUGUUAAGACUGAUGGAGCUGGAGAAAGGGGUCAAACUUGGUUGUCUUCCUUUUACAGAGAUAGAUGUAAGAAACUUGCUGCAGUCUUUCAGAAUUGUGGACAGAGAUAAUGAUGCCAUUGAUUUGAUUGCUAUGUGCAAGAGGUUAAAGGAUGAAAACCAUAACUUCAAAUAUGAAUUCAAAAUAGAUAGUAAUAACAGGCUUGAACAUAUUGCAUGGUCCUACAGUUCAUCCAUUCAAUCAUAUGAGGCAUUUGGCGAUGCUGUAGUUUUCGAUACCACCUACCGAGUAGAUGCUUAUGACAUGCUGUUGGGAUGUUGGCUUGGUGUGGACAAUAAUGGCAUGCCUUGUUUCUUUAGUUGCACACUUCUACGGGAUGAAAACAUACAAUCUUUCUCAUGGGCUCUCAAGGCUUUCUUGGGGUUCAUGAAAGGAAAGGCUCCUCAAACAAUAUUGACGGAUCACAACACUUGGCUGAAAGAAGCUAUUGCAGUUGAAUUGCCUGAAACCAAACAUGCUUUUUGUAUAUGGCAUAUACUUUCCAAGUUCUCUGAUUGGUUUUCUUUACUUCUUGGAUCACAAUAUGAUGAGUGGAAAGCUGAGUUCCACCGGCUCUACAAUUUGGAACUGGUGGAAGAUUUUGAAGAAGGCUGGCGGCAAAUGGUUGACAAGUAUGGACUCCACACAAAUAAACAUAUCAUUAGCCUAUAUUCAUUGAGGACAUUUUGGGCUUUACCAUUCUUGAGGCGCUACUUCUUUGCAGGAUUGACCAUUACAUCUCAGUCUGAGUCCAUAAAUGCUUUCAUCCAACGUUUCUUGAGUGCCCAAUGUCAACUAGAACGCUUUGUGGAGCAAGUCUGUGAUGUGGCUGAUAUUGUUGAUUUUAAUGACCGAGCCGGAGCGAAGCAAAAGAUGCAAAGGAAACUUCAAAAAGCGUGCCUCAAAACUGGUUCACCUAUUGAAUCCCAUGCUGCCACUGUACUUACUCCCUAUGCCUUGAGUAAACUUCAGGAAGAGCUAGUUAUGGCGCCACAAUAUGCAUCCUUCCUGGUUGAUGAAGGUUGUUUCCAGGUCAGACACCACUCUCAGACAGAUGGAGGAUGCAAAGUAUUUUGGGUUCCUUGUCAAGAGCACAUAAGCUGCAGCUGUCAUCUGUUUGAGUUUUCAGGCAUCUUAUGUAGACAUGUGCUACGUGUCAUGUCAACUAAUAACUGUUUCCACGUCCCUGAUCAAUAUUUACCAGGUCGAUGGCGAGGCACUGGUUCAUCUUCUGUUAACCAAUUCCGGGGUACCACUAGUAGGGAUCAGCCUGAAAGGAUGCAACUUUUGGAAUCCAUGGUUUCAACAUUUAUAGUGGAAUCCAUUGAAACUGAUGAACGUCUGGAUGUUGCUUGCGAGCAAAUUUCCAUGGUGCUAUCACGCAUCAAAACUCUUCCUAGGUCUCCACAUGGGGUGAAUGACAUUGCAUUUGGUUAUCCAUCAGAUUCAUUAAUCCUCCCAGAGGUAGAAGAUACUAAUGGAAUGAUUCACAACUUUACAAUCACAAAUCCCCAUGAUUCUAUCACUACAGGAAAGCUCAAGGAAAGAAGAGCCAGAGAUGGAGUCGACCUCACAAGGAAGCGAAGACAGUUUUCUGCACCAUUGUGUGCUCAAUAUGGACAUGAUCCAUCUGAUUGCUCAAUAAUGGCCACUGACAAUAUUAGUGGAGAUGCAUUAGGGUACUUGUAAAGUGGGUGGAAGUAGUAAUGUUGUACAAAGUAAAUGCAUUUUUUUGGGGGGUACAUAGAUGCAAUUUUUUUUUAAAUUUCAGAUGCAUGUAAUGUGCAUUUUUUAUAUUUUCCGCCACUCCAGUGGUACACAUGUUGCCUCCCUCUGUUUACAAGAACAAAUGUUUCGGUGCUUCUUGCACCAUUGUAUGAGCAUGAGAAUUUAGAUUUGCUUUAAA